CGCGGCGUCGGCGUCCCCUAGGCAGAUGUCACCGGAGCCAUGCGAGGCCUCGGGUUAGGCCUGAGGGCGCGGCGUCUCCUCCCGCUGCGGCUCCUGCCACGGCCGCCCGGACCCCGGCUGUGGAGCGGGCCGGCGGCGGUGGCGGGCGCCCUAGAGCGGGCCAUGGACGAGCUGCUGCGCCGCGCCGUGCCGGCCACGCCCGUCUACGAGCUGCGCGAGAAGACGCCGGCGCCCGCCGCGGGCCAGUGCGCGGACUUCGUGAGCUUCUACGGCGGCCUGGCCGAGGCGGCGGAGCGCGCGGAGCUGCUGGGCCGCCUGGCGCGGGGCUUCGGCGUGGACCACGGCCAGGUGGCCGAACAGAGCGCGGGCGUUCUGCAGCUGCGCCACCAGCCGCGGGAGGCGGCCGUGCUGCUGCAGGCCGAGGACCGGCUGCGCUACGCGCUCGUGCCGCGCUACCGCGGCCUCUUCCACCACAUCAGCAAGCUGGACGGCGGCGUGCGCUUCCUGGUGCGGCUGCGCGCCGACCUGCUCGAGGCGCAGGCCCUCAAGCUGGUGGAGGGCCCGCACGUCCGGGAGAUGAACGGCGUGCUGAAAGGCAUGCUCUCAGAAUGGUUCUCCUCCGCCUUCCUCAACCUGGAGCGGGUCACCUGGCACUCGCCCUGCGAGGUGCUGCAGAAGAUCAGCGAGUCUGAAGCUGUGCAUCCUAUGAAAAGUUGGACGGAUAUGAAACAGCGCGUGGGACCUUACAGAAGAUGUUACUUCUUCUCUCACUGUUCCACCCCUGGGGAGCCCCUGGUCGUUUUGCACCUGGCCCUGACCAGCGAGAUCUCCAGCAACAUCCAGGCAAUCGUGAAGGAGCAUCCUCCGUCAGAGACAGAGGAGAAGAACAAGAUUGCCGCUGCCAUCUUCUAUUCCAUCAGCCUGACGCAGCAGGGCCUGCAGGGGGUGGAGCUGGGCACCUUCCUCAUCAAGCGGGUGAUCAAGGAGCUGCAGAAAGAGUUUCCUCACCUUGGGACGUUUUCAAGCCUGUCUCCUAUACCCGGAUUCACCAAGUGGCUCCUGGGGGUCCUGAACGCGCAAGCCAAGGAUCACGGGAGGAGUGAACUGUUUGCAGAGUCUGAAAGUAAAGAGAUCUCCGAGAUCCUAGGUGGUCCCGUUAAUGAGACCCUUAAGGCCCUUCUCAGCAGCAACGAGUGGGUGCAGUCCGAGAGGCUGGUGAGGGCUCUGCAGGCCCCCUUGAUGCGGCUCUGCGCAUGGUACCUCUAUGGGGAGAAGCACCGCGGCUAUGCGCUGAACCCCGUGGCGAACUUCCACCUGCAGAACGGGGCCGUGAUGUGGCGCCUCAACUGGAUGGCCGACGCCAGCCUCAGGGGCAUCUCCAGCUCCUGCGGCCUGAUGGUCAACUACCGCUACUACCUGGAGGACACGGCCAUCAACAGCACCGCCUACCUUGGCUCCAAGACCAUCAAAGCUUCCGAGCAGGUCCUCAGCCUGGUGGCCCAGUUUCAGAAGAACAGCAAACUUUAAACCUUUCCCAAAGCAAGACGCCCCGACUCGGGGAAGGAUCAUUUUCUGGGUUGAUCAGGGGGUGGUGGAUCAGAAGGAGCUUUUUCAGUAAAGCAGGUUGAACUGUGUUCUCUUGCCCGCAGCCGGGUCACACCGGGGGGCUGUGCCCCAACUGUCAUUGCACAAGGAAAGGUACAGUUCCUGGUGCAAGACGGCGGUGGGCACAGGUGCACACAGACUAGGUGGGGGUGCUGUGUUCUCUCCAGGAGACUCUGCCGCUGCCUUCGGCCUGGCUCCCUGCCCAGGAUCGGUGCUAUAGCACCUCCAUCUGCAGAAAGCUCUGGAGCUUCUGCCGGCCAUUGUCCCAGGGUGGAUGGCUCAGCCUCGCAGGGACCCAGGCGGACGGCCCUGGUGAGAACAGAUUUUCCUUCAAGCUUAGAACAUAAUUCAGCCACGGUUGCUUUAGCCAUUUCUCUCCACUCGUUGCAAAGGGAGAGAGGACUGUGCUCUGUAUUACUAGUUAAAUUUUAGAGAUCCUGAAUGUAUGAAAAGUUUCAUGACUUGUGACUCAAAUUUUUCUAAGUUAAAGCACUGAGCACACGAGCUGUUGCUUGGGCCUUAAAUGGGAUUGUAGACUUUAUAAUUACAGUGAUUCGAGUUCGUAAUGAACCUCACGGUGAAGAACAAGUUUGUUCUGUGCAGCAUUAAACACAUGGUUGUGUAAGA